CUCCCGAGUCCCGACCCCCAUUGCUACUCGAACCUUCUCUGAUCCUCUCCGGCUCUCCUCCCUCUCUCCGGCGACGGCGUCAACGGCGGUGGCGGACGCGGCUGGAGACGACACCGGCUUUCUCUCCUAGAGCCUCGAGGUCAGCCGGCAGGUGCAUGCGUGAGGUUGUAUCUCUAACAUCUAUGUAGUUAUGGACGUGGGCAAGCUAGACAGUGCGAGCAUCCCCACAGCCGAAGCCCGAGUGGCAAGCAUGGCCACGACGGCGGCGGUGGCGAGGAGUGUGGAAGGCAAGGUGGCGCUGGUUGCAGGCGCGACGGGGCUGGUGGGCCGGGAGCUAGUGAGAGCUCUGCUCCUCCCAAGCUCUGCAUGGAAGCUGGUGUACGGCGUUGCUCGAAGGCCCCCCGACGACGACGACGAUCAUGAACGGUACCGGUUCCUCACGUGCGACCUGCUGGACCGUGGGGAGACGAUGGAGAAGCUGUCGCCGCUGGCGGAGAAGGUGACGGACGUGUUCUGGGUGACAUGGGCGAGCCAGUUCCCACUGGACACCCGGGAGUGCUGCGACCAGAACCGUGCCAUGCUCUCCAACGCCCUCGACGCCCUCCUCCUCCCUGUCCCCAGCCCUGCCCUCGCCCACCUCGCCCUGCAAACUGGCACCAUGCACUACGUGUCCAUCAAGCAGGCCGCCGCCGCCGGCUGCCAUGUUUAUUAUGAGGAGGAGAGCCCGCGGGUGGGGGAGGAGGACCACAACUUCUACUACGCGCUGGAGGAUCUCGUCAAGGAGCGAUUGGGAGGUGGCGGGAGGAGAAUCGCCAGCUGGUCGGUCCAUCGCCCGGGGCUGCUGCUGGGCUCCUCCCGGCGAUCUCACUUCAACCUGAUGGGGAGUCUAUGCGUGUACGCCAGCAUCUGCAAACAUCUUGGCCUGCCCUUCCGCUUUCAUGGCCUCAGGCGUUGCUGGGUGGAGCCCUACAUGGAUGCCUCCGAUGCCCGAGUCGUCGCUAACCAGAAUCUUUGGUGGGCAUCGGUGGUAUCUUCUUCGACAUCCUCGUCACUACCGUCAACACCAUCAUCAUCGUUAUACUGUCAGGCUUUCAAUGCUGUGAACGGCACCGCCUUCACAUGGAAGGAGGUCUGGCCGGCGCUAGCGGCCAAAUUCGGGCUCUCCUUGCAGGCUGACGACGACGAUGAGUUGGUGUCGGAGGAGACGAGCUACAGUAGGCUGAUGGAGGACAAGGGAGCAGCGUGGGAGGAGAUCGUGGCCAAAGAUAGUCUGCGCCCCAGCCAGAUGGACGACCUCGCCAAUUGGGCCUUCCUCGACAUGGUGUUCCGCUUCCCGGCGAAGAUACUGGUCAGCUCCGGCAAGGCCCACCGCCUCGGCUUCACCACCAGCUACGCCGCCCUGGAAUCCCUGCUCUAUUGGGUAGAUCGGAUGCGAGAGGAGCGCCUCAUCCCUUCUUACUGAUUAACUUUUAGAAGGAUUGGUUUCUUUUAGUUGUGGAUCAUUCCGGCUUACCUACCCAAACAACUAAGUCACUACCCUUGUAGGCAAAGAACUCAGCCAAUGAAAGAAGAAAACUUUCUAGUACCAGGAUAUAUCAUGUAUAAUGGCUUUCUGAUCAAGUACUUUCUUGUGGUUCCAGU